UUAUUUUCUUUGCUUAUUAAAUAAGCUCAUCGAAGAGGAUUAUGAUUGUAUCCCUCUUCUGGGCCUCGGCCGAGGACCCCUUUUAUUUCCCUUUUUCCAAUUAUCUCUCUUUAUAGGCCAAGGCCACCCCUUUCAGUUAUUAAUUAUUUUAUGCUUCUUUAUGGGCGAAGACCUACGCUCCCUAACUAUUUAUUAUCCUACGCCUCUUUAUGGACCAGGACCUCCCUUGGCAGAUUUUCUACAUUACUUUUAACAUUAAUAUCGUCAAAAUUAAUACAAUAAAAUACUUUCAGUAUUUUGCAUAACAUUGCUUUAAAUAGUGUAUACAAUAUCAUAGAAUCCGUUCUUAUUUAUUUAAAGUAUUUAUUGAAAUAUUUAAAGUAUUGUACUUAAUCUUUUCUAAGAGUUAAAUGAUUAUACAUCAGGAGCGUUUAAAAAUAAUAUUUUUAUAUAUAUAAAUGUAUUUCUUAUGUUCUUCAUUCACGUGGAUAACCUCAGUUUUACAACAGGAACUCGAGUUUAUCCUGUUCUUCACCGAAUAACAUAAAAAUGUAUAGUAAUAUGAGAUGUAUAUUUUAAAUGAUAUUGUGUUUAUUUUGAGUUUGUUAUACUAACUUUGAUCAACAUGAAUUACGUUAAAUUCAUCCAGUUUCGGAAUUAUAAAUUUACAUCAAAAAUAGUAAACAAAACUAAUGAUAUUUUGUAUAAAGUUCAGAAUUUUGAAACACCAGAAAAAUUAAAAGGGACAUUUGUCGAACGAUGGGGUAAAUAUUGGAAGAAUCUUUUCACAGAUUACAAGGAAGUAGCAGUGAGUGUUGUGAAUGAUUGUAAAGAACGUCCAAUAAAAGCUUCCGUAUAUGCUUCAGUUCUAGCAUUCUGUAUAUAUUUAAACAAACAUAAUCCAGAUGAAAGUUCCUUCAGGGAACAGUUAUUACAAAACACUAUAAAGAUAAUGCAAGUGGGAGAAACUGUACGUAAUCCAGUAUCUGAAUAUCAUGUGAAAUGGUUAGGACAAUGCUACAAUGAAGGAAUUGUACGAAGAAUGAACUUGGGUAUAGUUUCUUUGAUUUGGUUAGAUGACUAUGAUGAAACAUGUUCUUUGUAUAAAGCUGCUUGUCCUUAUUUAGAUGUACAAUAUGCAACAUUUUACCAAAGAAUAGUAGAUUUUGGAAUAUUAGAUAAGUGGUGGGUUUUAGAAAGUAAAAUGAAAGACUAUGAUGUAAAUGAAACAGAAUUUAGUGAUUUGAAAACUGAAUAAACUAUUUAAUUUAGGAAGAAUUAAAAAAAUACUUGUCCUAUUUCCAUAGAUUAACAAUUACUUUCAUAUAUUUAAUAAUAGCAAUUAUAUUAAAUUCAAAAUCACUUUAAUAUUUUCGAAAGUACAAGUUACAUAAAGAAACAAAUACUUCCUUCAAAAGAAGUUUUUGAAACCUUUCUGUAUAGUACAAAUAUCUUCUUUUAAAAUCUAACAAACAAGUACUAUCCUUAGUAAUAUUUAUAGCUUAAGUAUUUAUAUUUUUUCGACCUCACAAAAUAAUUACUACUUAAAGUAGAAAACAUGCUUUUAUUUCAAAUAUGUGUAGAUUCCUAAAAUAUAGUAUCAAAACAUAUAUCAACCGAGUGUAGCUGCUAAUACAAACAUUAUUUAAUAUACAUAUAUCAAAUAUAUAAUUAUUUUAACAUUUAAAUAUCAUUUGG